UUGAAAGCAUGCCAGGGCCCCCGGUACCAUACCAGCCAUCACGUCAUGAUACCUAUCUUACCGACACACCAACAGACCCCCUCCCCGUCAAAACUGUAAGAUCCCUUUCCGCCAACCGACCGUCUGCAACAAUCCGCCAGGCCUUCACCGGCAAUUCACCGUCCGUCGAGCGUUAUGAAAAGCUCAACCGAGUUGGAGAAGGAACCUACGGUAUUGUUUAUCGUGCGCGCGACAAAGCUUCGGGUACAAUAGUCGCCUUAAAGCGAAUACGGAUGGAACAGGAGCAAGAGGGGUUACCUCUGAGUUCCUUAAGGGAGAUAUCUCUUUUAAAGAGCUUGAGGCACGAGAAUGUUGUGAGCGUCUUGGAUGUGGUUGUUGGAAAUGGCUUGGACAACAUAUUUAUGGUAAUGGAAUAUUGUGAACAGGACAUGGGUAACUUAAUGGAUAAUGUCAUCAACAAAGGGCCACAUCCUGGGUACAGAGAAGCUGAAGUGAAGUGUCUCAUGUCGCAACUCUUGACAGGACUGGCAUACCUGCAUGAUAAUUAUAUUAUUCACAGAGACCUAAAAUUAUCCAACCUAUUGCUGACGUCGAGUGGGAUACUGAAAAUUGCGGACUUUGGACUUGCACGUAAAUUCGGGACACCUGUCCGGCCGAUGACACCUAAAGUAGUAACACUUUGGUACCGUGCACCGGAAUUGCUGUUUGGUGAAAAGUCGUACACAACCGCAAUCGACAUGUGGGCGGUAGGAUGCAUUUUCGGUGAGCUCAUUCGAGCCAAACCUCUGCUACCAGGCAAAGUCGAACAACAACAGCUUGAUCUCAUCUGCCGCCUAUUGGGGACCCCGAACGCCCGAAUCUGGCCCGGCUUUGAUAAGCUUCCUUACGCCAAAUCGGUGAAACUCCCGUCCAUUCCGUACGAUGAUAUUGCCGGCCAAUUUAGCGAACAAAAAGAGUCUGUACGUAAACUCUUGAAAAGCUUGUUAACGUAUUACCCUUCAAGCCGCCUCACGGUUCACGAAGCGCUACGCCACGAUUACUUUCGAGAGAGUCCGCCAGCGUGUGCGCCCGUGUUGUUGCCAACAUACCCCGAGCUUCGAACAGAGGAGUAUGCGCGAAAUCCACGUAACAAUGACCGGAAGCGACCCAGAGUGGAGGAUCGUGAUGUUAGCAGAGUCCGACGGAGUCGCGGACAGCUGGAUCCAUCCAUUUUAACAAGAGCGAGAGAGGAGGAGGAAGAACUAGAAUUGGGUGUUCCUGCUUAUCAACAAUUCCGGUUUUCGUGA